CUCCCGCCCUCUUCUGUCCCUUUUCCACUACAGGAAGUGAACGUGCCUAAGGUGCUUGGUUCUUCACCAGAAGCUAAGGCCCACAAUCCGGCGACUAGCACCGUCAAAUUUAGGCAUCCACCGCAACAAAUCGAAAAUCUAACAUCUACAAUGGCUUCCGUGUCUGAGCUCGCCUGCAUUUACUCUGCUCUGAUCCUCCACGACGAUGAAGUUACCGUCACCGAGGACAAGCUGAAUGCUCUGAUCAAGGCUGCAGGAGUGGUUGUGGAGCCUUUCUGGCCAAGUCUGUUUGCCAAGGCUCUGUCCAGCGUGGACAUCGGCAGCCUGAUCUGCAAUGUUGGAUCCGGAGGUGGAGGUGGAGCUCCAGCUGGAGCCCCUGCUGCUGGAGCCCCUGUUGCAAGCAGUGAUGCCCCAGCCAAGGAGGAGGAGAAGAAAGAGGAGAAGAAGGACGAGUCUGAGGAGUCCGAUGAUGACAUGGGCUUCGGUCUCUUUGAUUAAAAAAAAUGUUUUUGUAAUAAAACACAAAUAGUACAAAAACUA